AUGCGUAUCUCAACCACCUUUCUCUUAUUUGAACUAGCUUCCAUUGCAUGGGCGGCACCUCGACCUGUGAACGUUGGCCAACCGAAUGCCCAAGCUCGCAGUGUGGCUUUUGCUCAUGGAGUAGCCCCCGAUCAGAAUCCUGCUCUCCUCGGACGAGGUGCAUCCCCGAUUUAUACUCGAGAAAAGAAGAGUCCGAACCCAUCUUCUACUACCGCCGAUAAGGCUGAAACGGAGGAUGGAACUAAGAUACUCUUUCGCCCCAAAGGCAGAGGUAUAUCACUGAAGUCCGAGCAGCAGCCUCUAGUCCAGUCAGCUGUGACUGCGUUUCUCAAAGUAGUCGUGCCCAACGUAAAGCCCAAUUUCCCUAGUGCAUGCUCACGGUUCGACGAACUGAAAACGGAGGUUCCUCCCGGUGGGAAGCCUGCGCAGGUUGUCACGUUUACUUUCGAGGAUAAGAAGAUAUGUGGCGGUUACUGUACUGGUUUUCUUGAUAUCAAAACCCGUAAUGGGAAGAUUCGGAAAGCAAACGGCAAUGAGGUUCAUCCACCCAGGAAACAAAGCUCGCAGAGUUCUUCUAGGCACUCUGGUUCUACGGCUCCUGGAAAUCCUGAUGGGCCAGCGACUCGACCUGUGGGUCGUGAUGUAGGCCGGGGCGCUUCCCCCAUCCAUGGUCAGGAGAAUGCGAACUUGGGGAAGCGGUUUUGGCCCUUCACUGCGAACGCAGCCAACAAGGAAACAGCUGAAUCGAAGGAGAUUCUGAUUACCUAUGUUAACAAUGGAGGUAGACCGGCGUCAAACCAGGAGCAGAACAUGAUCAAACAACAUACGACGCAGUUUCUCACCACAACGGAAGCGAAGAAAAUCCUGCCCAACCCGAAACUAGGUCAACUUUGCCCAACGAUACAAGUGUUGGGAGAUCAUUACAAGAUCGUCAGCUUCGAGUUCGAGGAUAAGACACAUGGUAAAUGUCGUGGAGAUCUGAAUCUCAUAGACGGUAAAGGGAGAAUCGAGGAUGCCAAUGGAAAGCUCAUUUACCCUGCCGAAAGCAAAGUUUUAGCGCUUUCCAAGGAUAUGGCACAGGAGAAACACAUACCUGAGAGUGAAAGUUGGAAGAUACCAGAUUAUUAUAAUGUUACACGUCGUUGGGUAGAAGCUUGA